GGAGGGUGAUUAUAAAUUCCCGAAGCUCCCACUGCACGAAGCUUCAGGAGAGGGGUGGGACUAAGACAAUCUUGUAUACGCGAAGCCGCCUCUUCGGUUUUGUUGAUAGAUCUGGACUGAAGGGUUUGGAUAUGAUGCUAAAUGGAUCUUGUCUGACUUCUGGGGUUGGUUAUAAGCCUUAUAUGCCCAGCACUGCUAAGUCUUAUAAUUCAGCUUACUUGUGCAUUCCUCCUCCACCUUCCAAAGUUGCAGCCUCUUCUAUUAGAAGUUCAUUGAAACCCCGUCAAACUCUUUUAUCUUGUUCCUACAGAGGAAUUUCUUCUGUAUCAUCACUCCCUUUGCAUUGGAGAGAUGAUGCCUUCUCAUGUACUACACCGAAAUUACAAAGGGAAAGCCAUUUUCCUCUUUUGCCUAGAAGAGCAUUCAAGGAUGUUUCCCUUGCCUAUGGUGCACUCUCAUUGCAUUCUAGCAAGCUUAACUUCUCAUGUGCUACUUUGAAAUUACCAAGGCAAAGACGUUUCUUUCUCUCUCCUAGAGCAUUCAAGGAUGGAUCCUACGAUUACCCAUACCGUGCCAUGACCGAGAAACCAAAAUGGUGGUGGAGGACCUUAGCAUGCCUCCCAUAUUUGAUGCCUCUUCAUAUGACAUGGUAUUUCGCUGCAGAAUCAUAUCAUCUUCGUCCUCUCAUAGAGAAAUCUGAUUUCUUGUCGAAGCCUUACAAUAACUUCCUACAAAGAUUGCCCAGCUGGCUUUUGAUGGCAUAUACCUUCAUUGCUUGUUUUGCUAUUGUGAAGAGAAAGGAAUGCCCCCAUUUCCUCAGGUUCCAUGUGAUGAUGGCAAUACUGCUGGAGAAUUUGAUGCAUAUCAUCAUAAUUGUAUAUGGUUGGAUGCCGCCUUUUGUGCACUGGGGCAAUAAUAUUGGAACUCACAUUUGGACAGCCGUUACAUUUGUGUGUAUCAUGACAGUCUUGAAGUGCAUGAAGUGCGCACUUUCUGGUAUGUAUGCCGACAUUCCAUUCGUGUCUGAUGCUGCUGAUUUCCAUCUUAAAUAUGGAUAAAGACUGCAUGAUAAAUCUUAGAAAUGUUAUAGAGAUGAAGAAAUUCAUGCAUAAUAUUAGUAUAUUACACCAGUGUAAUCUACAUCAAAUUGAACUCUGGCUUCCUUUUUGAGUAAAAGGACAUUGUUGAAUUGUUAACAAGCUCAUGUGUACAACUGCA